AGACGACUAUUGCAUAAGUCAUGUGGUAGGGAACGAGAUUACACGAGAGUGAGAAAUAACAUUAAUAUUCUUACUUUUUGUCAUCGAUGUGGCUAGAUAAGCCACUCUCCCAGUACAUCAGUAGUUUCAAAUCAUUCUGUUUAGAAGCUCAACAGACUGCUGACCAGUUAACAGGGAUUCUGUGGAAUGGGCCUUCUGCUUGUUACAAGCAAAUAUCAGACGCAAAGUGUUUCCCAAGCUCUCCCAUUUCUAAACAUAAUAUGGCUUCUCCACCACGUUUUGCAUAUCUUGAUUUGGAGAAUAGCCAAAAUCAAAACAAUACCAAGGCUAAAUCCAACAAUGAAAUACCUGCUGGUGCCAGCAGCUUUAUGGAGGUUCUUACCCCAACUACAUUUUCUUUGGCUCUGGAAAGCAAUGCUGGAAUUGACUGCUUUGGGAAUGAGCGCCAUGCCUUGGCCAACCAAGCCAAAUUUUUUAAUAACCAGCUUUUAAGUGAUAUCACAUUGGUAGUUGUGAAGAAAAAAUAUUUCUGUCACAAAUUGAUUCUUGUGAAAUCAAGUGAUGUGUUUGAACGUAUGUUUAGUUCUGAUUGGGAUAAAUCCCAACGGAAGGAGAUUGAGCUACAAGAGGACAGUAUGUGUGCCACUGUGUUUCCACGCUUUCUUAAAUUUCUCUACAGCUGUCACGUGCGUUUGAACAUUGGCAAUACACUUUCCAUGCUAAUCCUUUCUGAUAAAUAUAAUGUAGAAGACCUUCGUAAUGUUUGCAUAAACUUUGCCUGCACUUGCAUUAUUCCACGACUACAAUUGAAAGAUGUUUUCCACAUAUGGUUCCAGUAUGCGACAAAGUGCUAUCACAAAAACUUAGUGCAAGCUUGUGUACAAGCACUGUCUGAGAAAAUGGAUGAUAUCAUGAUGUCAGUUGAGUGGGAACAAGAAUGGCUUACUAUUGAAAGAGAUCAGCUUAUUGAAUUCUUGAAGAGUUCUGAGCUGACCAUUAAGGAUGAAUAUGAACUCUGGGAGGCUGUACUAAAAUGGUUGCUUUCUACUGAGCAUCCUACAAGAGCUGAAAACCUACGCAGUAAUGUAAAAGCAGUAAUUGAACACAUUCGUUUCCCAAUGAUGACUCCUGAUCAACUAUGUCAAGUGGAGAACUGUAAAGUUGUUCUGGAGAUGCCUGAUAUAUUUCAGCCAUACUUGAUGCAAGCCUACAAAUACCAUGCCCUCCCUCUAACCAGUAGAGCCAUGAUAAAAGAAUUCACUUCUGCUAGCUUUUUGCUACGUAAUUACACUGAUCUUCGUUGGGACAAGCGCGUUGUUAUUCAACGCUACACAGAAUGCCAGAAAUGUGCUGAAGUUAGUUUCCGAUUUGCUACACGUGCUUCCACAUUUCCUGCUCAGACAUGGGAGUGGGAGCUGAAGCUUCAUCCAAAAGGCUUUUCUUCAACUUGUGAUGACUUUAGGGCUGUUUUGUACUCCAAUCUCAUUCUUGAUCAGCCAAGACCAGUGGAAUAUUUGCUGUCAUUAGUUGAUCGAGAAAAGAUUCUGCACUCAGUAAGUGGUAAGAAAAACUUUUCCAAAACUAGGUAUACCACUGACACUGAAAUGGACAAAAAGAUCUCUCUCAGUGACCUAUCCCAGCCCAACUGUCCUCUCUUGAUUGAUGAUAAUCUUGUUCUACAGAUUGUUCUUAGGCCAGUUGGAUAAAUGUUUGUCCUUUAUUGUUGUUUUGUAAAUGUCUAAUGUCUUCUAAAGCCACUCACUUGCUUCCCAUCAGCUUUACAUAUUCAUGCCCACAUAUACACAAACAUAUACUUAUACAUAUAGGAUGAUUGAAAUAAGCUCAACAAAACUGUUUCCAUUUAAACUAUUGUGAUUUUUUAUUUAAAAUCUUUUUUGUUGUUAUUUUUGUUUUGUUUUUUUGUUAAAAGAAAAGAAAAAAAGAAACUGAUAAAAUGUAUUUUCCCUCCUCAGAUUAUGCUUAGAAUAAUUUUAGUAUAUUUUCCUUUUUGUCUUUUUUUAAUACUUUGUCCAUUUUAAUCAUAUCUGGAUCCUGCUGAAGCCAGUAGCUAUUGAAACAAUACUGGUAAAUGCUUUUGCUAUAUUAACCAAAGAUAUAUAUUUUUGGAUUAUGAACAAUAUUUUUUAACAUUAUAUUUCAUAUCUGAAGUUUUUAGGACUUUUUCUAGCAACAACUCCAUUUGUUUUACUGGGAUUGAGUAAACUUGUUGUUUAUUAAUUGUUACACUCACGCUAUUACUGGUUUUGCAGUUUCUGUGCUAUAAGUGUGGCAUUUGAAAACAAGAUAACACUACUAUAGUUUCCACUGACAUAAGUAAAACACCUAAACAGUUAAAUUUAUGAAAAAGGAGAAAUUUGUAAUAAUUUAAGAAAUUUUAAAAUUUUUAUUGUGUUUAUUUCACUGAUUACAUCCAUGUUGUAAUAUAUACUUCAAGUUCAUACUUGCCCAUGCUUUGCAUGUAAAAUUUCAACAGCCUUUUGUUAUGAAUUAGAAAUUAAAUGAAAAUUAACUGAAUGGAAAUUUGGUAUAUGUAAAGCAUAUUUAAACAGGAGUUUAAAAUGUGUGCACUAAAACACAAGACCAGGAAAGAAUGAGCGUAACAAUUUCAAAUUUCAGUUCAAACUUUGCUAAAGCAUAGCUGAAGUCUUGUGCUCUCUUACCUGCAUUGUUACAAGUAUGAAUAUUCUAUUAAGGACACAUAUUAGCACGAAGUUCACUGAAACAGUUUGAAAGGAAUUCUGGAAAGUACCGCAGUACCUUUUAGACAUUUCAAUUAAAUCCAGUACAUGCCAACAUGUUUAAACAUUUAUUUUAAAAAUCUCUUUCUAUCAUGAAAUUUUUGUAGAUUCUAUCUGAAUCAACUUAAUGGAAAUGUUAACAGAUGGAACUUAAUGGAAAUGUUAACAGAUGGAACUUAAUGGAAAUGUUAACAGAUGGAACUUAAUGGAAAUGUUAACAUUAUGAUGGAAAGUUUGUUAUUAAUGUAACAUUCCAUUUAUGAUAUUAUAUUAAGAGUUUUAUGAGUUUAUUGUUAUAAAACUUAACUGAAACACUAUUACAUUCCAUUCAAUUUCAGUUUGCUUUUUUAAUAAGAUGAUAACGAAAAGAAUAGAAGCACUUGGUUGAAUGUUUUAUCUGUAACCUUAGUACCUUAUUGUUCUAAGUUCAAAACCAGGCAGGUUUUUCUCUACUUUUGGUUUUUUCCAGGGUUUAUAAAAUCAAUACCAACAACAUAGAAGGGCUGAUGCCAAAGAAUUUAAUAUUUAUAAAGCAAUCAAAGCUAAAAUUUAGUCAAAUCAGUAUGACUAUAGCUAUUAUUAUGCUCAUAUUUAAGCAAAUAACUAGCUUUUCUUUUCUUCUGAACUUUUCUAAAUGUUAUUAAAUAUGAAGUGAUUUUCCUCAUCAUGGAAUCUGUGAUAAUAUAUUUAAAUGCUUUACAUUUUUUUCUUUAAGAAAUAUUAAAAAAAAAUUAAAUUGUUCAUUAAGAUAAAUAUUGAAAUUUAAUUUUCUUAAUAUGCUAUCUUUGCCUAAGAAUUCUUCUGUGUAUAUUUGUGAUGUUGUUUAACGACAGUUCAGCUGUAACAGAAGAGUAAAUACAAGGCAAUAUUCAUUGGCUUGCAGCUCACUCUCUCAUCUCCUUUCCACUCAACAGACUGACAGCAGUAAAAUUAAUUCCCUUAGUUUUCAUUCACCAUACUGAAUUCUAAAUAUUGGACUAACAAUGGUUUCUGAAGAAAUAAAAAGUACACCACAUUUACCCUUAACGCUAACUUAAGCCCACUAAGCUUAGGUGUCAUUAGAAAGUACAUGACUGAAUAUAAACUGGUUUAAAAAGCAUGUCUGACUCAGCUUGAAUAAAUGAAACACACUAUCACAAACUGAUGAGUAUGGUUGUCUUAUACCAACAGCACAAAAUCUUUAAAUGUGAGAAAAUAAUUUGAUUUAGCAACAAACAAUUAUAGCAGAUUCUAUAUUAAUUACUUUGCAUUUUGACAAGAAAAUACAAAUCCCAUGCCCACACACAUGCACACAUAUUUGACAUCUACAAGUGCUAAUCUAAGACAGUAAAAGAGAACAAGCUCUCCAAUGGGAUUUGAACCUUGUAUCUAUUGUAUUUUUGAGAAGAUGGCAGGUGCUCUUUUAUGUGUUGGUAAUGUAGUCAUCUGGAAUAUGGUAGUUGAAGUUUGACUCCUGUUGAAAGGCCUGUUCACUUUUAUGCCUCAGAGUGGUGCUUGUUUGUACCAUAUAUAUUUAAAAGCUUAACUGUUCAUAUAUAAUUAUUAUAAAUAAUAUAUGUACACACACACACUUAUUUAUUUGGAGUUGUAUGUCUUUGACAAAUUUCUUGAUCCAAGACUGUUGAAACUGAAAUAGUGUGGAAAAAUCAUGUAAUGGAACAAUGAAGCAGUUUCUCAUUCAGCUGAAACUUCUUUUUUUUAAACAGCUAUAGAAAUUGAAUCCACUUCAACCAUUAAUCAAUUGCCAGUAAAAACAAAGUGCUCACGUACUAAUUCAAAGGCUUUGUUGUAAUAAACUAAAACAUUCCAUAAACUGAACCUUUACAUAUUUUCCCCUCAUUAAUUACAAUGAAUCUACAGCUAUGACAAAAAGAAACCUCUUGUGCAUUAAGGCUUUAUGGAAAAUAUUUUGUAAACUUCACAGUAUUUUGUUAAAUGUUUUUCAUCUGCAUGAUUCAUCUAGAAAAAGAAAGUAAAAUAAUAGUCUAUAUUCUAAUUUUGUUUUGUCAUUCCAAUCAAGAACAUUUACAAGCUGUUGGUAUUAUUGUUGCUAAUCUUGUUAAACAAAUUCUUAGUUUUGAUAUUUAUACUUAAAUGUAGACAGAAUCAUUUGUAAGGUAGGUACAUGGCUUGGGUAUCAUAUGGUUUCAUAUACCAAAUGUUAUAUUAUGUAUUGAGUAUUGACUUUCAAUAUAAUUGGUAAAGCCUUCCAGCUAAGUUGAACGGAUAGGAUUUUAAACUAGUUACAAGAGUCAAAAGCUUGUAUUAUUACUGUAGUAGAUUCAUUGCAAAGACAUAUAACACUCACUUGCUCUAACCACAUAAGCUGUAAAUAAAAAUGAUAUGUGGUCACAGUCACCACUGUGAAUAGUUGAAUUACUUAUAUAACUGGUGAAUGUUUCUUUAGUUUGUGGUGCUGAAAUUAAAUUCUUUUAUGAGUAAAGCUUAGGGAGAUUUGGGCUUUGACAGGCUCAUUUGGGAAAGAUAUAAUUCAUGGAGAGGACAUCUUAAAGUGACUGAAUAUUCUUUUAUUCUUUUGAUGGUGUUAUUUAUUGUUUGUGAUUAUCUGUGGGUAACAACUUUAAGGAUUGUAAUCAGCCAUAUCAAACCCAGUAUUUUCUUCAGUCAAGUACUUGCUAUCUGAUUGAGAUCAAUAAAAUAAGUUUUAUAUAUUCUUUUCCCAUUGAUGAAUGUAAUUUGAUGUACUGUUUUCAGUUAUACACCAUGCACACACACACACACACACACACACACACACACACACACACACACAUAUACACACACACAUACAUAGUUAGGCUUCUACAGUUUAUGUUUACCAAAUUUCAGUUUCAAGGCAUUGGUCAAAACAAGAUAUAGAAAACACUUUCCCAAGGAAUCACAAUGUAAUAUAAAACCCAUAGCCAUGUAGUCGUGAAGUGAUUUGAUAACACUCAACUAUGGCACACUUUUUUAAUAUUUUGUGAGACCCUGAGGAAGCCAAUGAUAUUGUUAAUUUCCAAUCGAUAUCUUUUUGUUUCAACUUGAUGUUUCAGAGAUGUUUUUUAUAGCAAUCCAAAAAGAAAAUGGUUCUCAUAACCAUUUUACGUUCCCCUAUGUUGCUUGUCACAUUAACUGGGUGAGGCUAGAGUAAUACUACAAUUGUUUCUAAAUUUGCAAAUAUAUUCUUUUACUCUUUGUUCUAAAACUAUGUGAGUCCAUUUGUAAAUGAACUCACACUCAUUUGUGCACACACACACACACACACACACACACACACUUUAUGUAUUAUUAUUUACAUUCAAAUAAAGUUUAGCUAACAAAUUAUUCUUAAUGAGGAAAUUAUGUGCUCUUAACUGCAGGCAAGCCAGAAUGCCAUUAGUAUGCAUAGAAAAUAUAUUUUGGUGGGUGAGUUUGUUGUUUUCAAAUUCUUUGUGAUUGAGUUACAAAAGUAGUGGAGAGCUGGACUAAAUUUUUGUGUUCUAAGUUUGAAUCUCAAAAGUUCAUUUUUCAAAAACUUUUACUUUCUCCUAUUCAAAUAUGUGGUCUUGUAUCAGUGUAAGAAACUUUUAACUUUUAUAAUGUUGUAUGACCCAUGCUUGUGAGUAACUCCAGAAAAUUAAACUGAGAAUAAAGUGUUAAGCCAAGAGAACAGUAGUUCAAAAUAAUUUAGGGAACACUGGUAUUAAUUAUUUUGACCAAAAGUGUAAGAAAUUAAAAAAAAACCCAUUAAAUGCUACAUUUGUUAUUUACAGUAUUAUACUGUGUAGAUUUAUACUAUAGUUUACAAAUAUUUAAUUUCUUUUUGCCAUUAUGUUCAGGAACACUUGUUUUAUAUAAAAAAAAAAGACAGACUUUGAAGUUAUAUAUUUUCUAUCUCUGUUUUUUGAGAGAACCAUAAAUGUGUGUUACUGUGAAUAUGUUUGUUAUCAGUUGUAUUAGUUUGUAAUAUUUCUUGUAUGUCUCAAUCAGAAGCUCUGUCCAUUACAUUAUCAUAGAAAGAAAAAAAGCAACUAUACAUUUUUUGUGUAUUUUACUCUUGUUAUAUAAAACUGUUUCCACAG